AUGCGGGGCUCCGAGCCCAUGCCCGGCUACGGGCAGCUGCUGCGGCGCGGAUACGGCAGCCUGGCGGCGGCCGCGCGGGGCUGCGCGGACUGCGGCUGGGAGCUGUCGAGGAGGACGUGGGCCGAGAACGCGCACCUGCGCUGGGGAGAAGUGCUGCUGUGCGGGCUGUGCGCGCUGGGUUGGACCGUGCUGCGCCGCGCCGCCGCCCGCCGCGUCUUUCGGCCCUUUGGUGAGUGGUGCAAGCUGCAGCCAAAAGAUGCUGCCAAGAUGCCUGAGAGUGCCUGGAAGCUGCUUUUCUACACAAUAUCCUGGUCCUAUGGCUGCUACCUGCUGUUCUUCACUGACUACCCCUUCUUCUACGACCCACCGUCCGUUUUUUAUGACUGGAAGAAGGGCAUGGAUGUGCCCACGGACAUCGCUAUCGCCUACCUGUUGCAGUGCAGCUUCUAUGGGCACUCCAUCUAUGCCACUGCCUACAUGGACACGUGGCGCAAGGACUCCGUUGUCAUGCUGCUCCACCACGUGGUUGCUCUGACCCUUAUAGCCUUCUCCUACGCUUUCAGGUACCACAACGUGGGCAUCCUCGUGCUCUUCCUGCAUGAUAUUAAUGACGUGCAGCUGGAAUUCACUAAGCUCAAUGUCUACUUCAAGCACCGGGGGGGUGUCUACCAUCGGCUCAACGACAUCAUCUCCAACAUUGGCUGCCUCACCUUCAGUGUCAGCUGGUUUUGGUUCCGUCUCUACUGGUUUCCCCUCAAGGUGCUCUACGCCACUUGCUACUCCAGCCUCCAGUCGGUUCCUAAUAUCCCCUUCUAUUUCUUCUUCAAUGCUCUGCUCCUUGUCCUCACUCUGAUGAACAUCUACUGGUUUCUGUACAUCGUCCUGUUUGUGGCCAAGGUGCUGAUGGGGCAGGUGCACGAGGUGAAUGACGUGCGCGAGUACGAUGUGGAGGACAGCAAGAAAACCACAGUGGGCAAGAAGAAAGAGAGUGGGCUCCAGCUGCCCAAUGCUCUGAAAGAAGGGAUGCACCUGAAGAACGGACUUGUGAAAGACAAGCGGUUAUAAGAGUGUGGCUGCUGCAGCCUGGCUGGAUCUGGGGACUGAGCCAGG